AUAACUUCCAUCGACUUCUUUGGCCCACCCUCUCUCCUCCCUCCCCCAACUGGCUACGACUACAUAUUGUCAUGCGCAUACUUGAGUAAUUGUCAAAAAUAUAUGGAGUAGAAUUCGAUCGAAUUACUGCUAACUCUGCUCUUUCUUCGAGCCUCUACCGUCUCCGCCGUUUGAUCGACCGCAAACGCUGCCAUGAGCGACUCGCAAGGGUCUUCUUCUGCUUCCUCUUACUCGUCUUCAUUUGAGGAUGCUCUCGCAAGGCCGCGGGUAAUUGAUCAAGUUAAAUUUCGCUAUUGAUCAUCUUUCACUAUAUAUUGGUCGUGGUUAGUUGCCUGUUACAUCUAAACUCGCUCUAGUGGGAAAUAUGACUCCUUUGUUGACUUCCGGUGCUGACUGCCGAGUCCAAUUUAUAAGUAAUCUUUGUAAAUGUUUGGUUUCACCGAUUGACUUACAAGUUCCUAAAUUUUGUUGCUUUGAUUUGCGGAUUUUGGCAUGCUCCCUAGUUUAAGUAAGUUUUGCUCUCAUGCAGUGUGCAUUUUGUUUCAGUUGUGUGUAUACGGCCAUAUACCAGCCAGGUUACAACUUACAAUCCGUGUAUGAACCAGGAAAAGAACCUAUGUUAGAAGUGUAAUUUGGUUUGUGACUUUGUGGCUUGGUAUGGUGCAAAGUCGCAAAGUGUAGGGCUGCUAAGUGUACACAGAGUGGGGAGUGCAUAUAAUUCAGCAUACCAAGGGGUCAUUUUGCAAAAUACCAGACACCCCUAAGUAUAUCUACUUAACCAAAAAACAAGUAAAAUAACGACGCUGGGUUUCAUACAGCAGCUGAUGGAAGUCAUUCUGUGGAUUUCACUGCAAGAACCUCACGCCAUUGGAGAGAUGUGUUUUGGUUGGUGAUAUUUCUGUUGCAUCUAAUAGUGGUUGGUUUGGCACUCGGGGUAUUCGGCUUUAAUAGGUUUAGGGAAAAGGAUAGGCUAAAGAUUGAUAGAUAUACAAUGCUAUUUCUUGAUAAUCGUGAGGGUCUAACAGAGGAUUAUUGGCCAUUGUAUGCUGUUGCGGCUGGAGUCGCAACUGCUCUUGGUUGGACUUGGUUGUUGUUACUCGGUUCACAGGGGAACCAGAUGAUGAAAUUCUCAGUGCACAUCUUGACUACAUAUCUUGCAGUUGUCAGUGUGUUGUGUUUCUGGUCAGCACAGAUAUUUUGGGGCAUUGCCUUUGCCAUUGGUGCAGCUUUGCAGUUCAUGUAUGUCAUAUCAGUAAUAGACAGAUUUCCAUUUACCAUGCUAGUGUUACAAAAGGCAGUCAAGAUGGUGUGGAGCCUUCCUGAAGUUAUGGGAGUAUCAUGUGCAUUUACACUGGUCAUGAUUUCAUGGUUAGUACUGUGGUCCUUUGGAGUAGCUGGGGUUGUGGCUUUAAGCAUUGGUGAUGGUGGACGUUGGUGGCUACUUGUGGUGAGCUGGUUUUCUGUGUUAGUUUAUUCUGGACAGGCGCAGUUUUUUGCAACAUUGUUCAUGUUAUAGUGUCUGGGAUGGUGUUUUUUGUUAUAUACCAUGGCGGUCAUGCAGAAACAUCAAUGCCUCCUAAACCGCUGUUGAAUUCUCUGAGAUAUGCUAUCACUACUUCUUUUGGCAGCAUCUGCUAUGGAUCACUGUUUACGGCCGCUAUCCGGACAUUGCGUUGGAAGAUUAGAGGAGUAAGGUCAAAGAUUGGUAACAAUGAGUGCUUGCUUUGUUGUGUGGACUUCCUUUUUCAUUUGGUGGAGACGCUAGUCCGAUUCUUCAACAAGUAUGCUUACGUCCAGAUUGCUGUUUAUGGUAAAAACUUUAACAACUCAGCAAAAGAUGCUUGGGAGCUGUUUCAAUCAACCGGAGUUGAAUCACUGAUUGCAUACGACUGUUCUGGUGCUGUACUACUAAUGGGCACCCUUUUAGGUGGACUGAUUUCUGGAACUUGUGCUGGAGUUUGGACCAGGAUCAAGCAUCCGGACAGAGUUAUGAUGGUCGGUUCCACUUCCAUGUUGAUUGGGAUGAUCUUGGUGGGUUUAGCGAAUGUAGUGGUGGAAAGUGCAGUGACCGCCUUAUAUAUCUGCUUUGCUGAAGACCCUUUACUAGUAAGUAAAUGGGAUUCAGAGUUUUUUGACAAGAUGUCGGAGACCCUUCACCAACGUUUGCAGCACAGAAGUGCACGUGCAAGGCAAGUCGUACUAACCACUAGGUUCGAUACCCAAAUGCAAGAACCAGUGCAAAUCUGAAUUUUAUGUCUCCACAAAUCGGAAUUGAAAAUAACUGUCUAUAUUUAUAUUUAUAUUUAUAAUUUUAUAUAUUCAUACAAUUAUCCAAAGAAUUACAGGUCCAGUUAUAAAGGUGUAAAUUUUUGUGCUUCCAACGUCAUUCUUGUGGUUUUCCUUGAUAUGGCCUA